AUGGCCAACACCUCAGCCGUCUUGCAACAUUUAGGUGUCUUGGACUCAGGGGUUGAUUUCGCGGCUGCAUUUGCAACAGCUCAGCACAAACUGAGCCAACAAAGACUCCCCAAAUUUCACUUCGACACUACAUACAACGACUUCACUAGCCAUGUCUCUUCGUUGACCGGUUUGCCUGCCUCAAGCUUUCCGCAACGCGAUGAAGCCAGAGAGGCUCUCAUACAAAUCCUCCAAACACUUCGCCAAAUCACACGUGGAGCCGGCACAGCAGGUGUUGAUGUUCUCACUGAAUGCGUGGGAAACCUCAUCAACGCCCUUCCCAACCCGGACCCUCUUGCACAACAGGUCUACACGUCCACCGUUCAAACACAAAGCACACCAGCUCUAAGCAACACCGUCGAUCAAGAACAGCCCGGACCGUCUCAGCCAUCCCUUCCACACUACUUCAGUAAUCCUCCACGCUCCGACACAGCAGACUCCAUAGCCGCUGACGAACCCUCAAACAAUCGUCGACCCUCCAGACCCUCGAUACAAGACAUCCCCCUUGGUCACAGGACUGGCAGAGUCGUCACCGAAGAUCGUGCCGCACUCCAACAGGGUCACAUUAUCGGCACCGACGCCUUGCGUAUGUUCGCAUCAGGGACACCCGUGCCAGUCACAUCGAGCAACGAUUACGGCAACGUCCACGCGAAAGGCGAUUCUCGAGUCCUGAUCGGCAACCAAUACGGUGGACCAGGAUUCUUCGACAGAUCGAACUCUGCACCAGUUGACCGGGAACAUGAACCUCAAGUGAAUUGGCUUAAGAGGCAGUUCACUGCAGGAAAGAAGGUUGUUCGAGGUCAUCGCCAGGUAUACACCACGAAUGGAUUACGGUAA